AUGUCAUCACCAUCGCCACCAUCAUAUGAAGAAUUAACCAAUGACCAACAAGAAUCAUUCAUCCAAUUCAAAUCAAUAACCGGGCUCUUAGACAGUGACAACACCGACAGUGGCACCGACACCAAAAUAAUCCAAUUAUUAACCAUUCAAGAAUUCAAUCUCAACAAUGCAAUCUCAACCUACUUCGACUCAGGAUUCGAUACGAUAAAUCAACCAAGUCAACCAAUACAUACCCCAACCCCCCCUCCGUAUGCAUCGGGAUUGGAAACACAUAAUGAAGAAGGGGAAAUACAUAAUAGAUAUGCCAGACCUGCGAUUGGUGUGCCUGGUAGUGGGGAUGUUGUUAACUUACAGAGUCAGAUGUUUAUGGAUAGUUUAUUGCCGAAGUUUCCUAAGGCUCCUAGUAUUUCGAAUGGGUGGCAAUUGGAGGUGGGGAUACAUAGUUCGAUAAUACAUGAGCGGGAGGAAGAAGAAAGGAAACGAAAGGAGUUGGAAGGGGAGGAGAAGGAGAAUGUUGGAGAGGAGACUACUUCGAUAAGGUCUGAAGAUGAUGGAAUGAGGAAGAAAUCACCACUUGCUGCGAUUUGGAUACUUUUGUUGAUUAUACCCAAGACUGUAUUGCAAUUGUUGGUUUCUGCGUUUAAGUUUAUGUUUGGAGCAGGUGUUGGAGGAGGGAUUGGAUUAUUAGGAAAAGGAAGUUCAUUUAAUCGAUUAGAGCGAGGGUUUAAUUUUGGUAAAUUUCAUCCAAAUUAUAAUUUCUUGAAUUUAUUAAAGAAUGAAUUGGUACAAGAAAAGGAAGAGGGAGAAGCACAAGAAGAAGAAUCGAUUCUCAACAAUUACAACGUUCAUGAUUCUGAAUUUAAUGAAGUUCGAUUAUAUUGUCAAAAAGAAUAUCAUUGGUUAUUAAUCCUAUUGAUCAAUGAUUCAAUUGAAUGUCAAACUUUCUUAAAGAAGCUUUUGGCACAUCCAAAUUUUAAUAAAUUAUUUAAUAAAACAACAGGAUCAUUUAAAGAAACUGAAAUCUUUCUAAAUAAUGUUGAAAGAUCACCAGAGGCAUUUGAAAUUGCUCAUACUUAUAAAUGUAAGAGAUUACCAUGUAUAAUGUUGAUUGGAAAUGUAUCUGCAAGUCCUGAAUUAAUGGCAUCAAUGUCAAUAUUAUAUAAAUCCAAUCUAGCCCUGUCAUUUAUCAUCGAAGAACAAGAGACUGGCCAAACAAUUGUUAAAAUAUUAAAGAAUUUUUAUAAAAUAUUGGAUAAAUAUAAUCCACAAUUGGUUUCAUUAAGAUUCGAUAAGAAAGAUAUGGAAUUUAGUAGAAUGAUAAGACAACAACAAGAUGAUGCAUUUUUACAAUCAUUAGAACAAGAUAAAUUAAAGAAAGCUCAACGUGAACAAGAAUUACAACAAGAAAAUCUUGAGAAAUUAAGAUUAUAUUAUUUAUUGAAUUUAAUUAAAGAUAAUUAUUUUGAAUUAGUUAUAACUAGUCAGCCAAGUGAUGGUUAUAGAAUAGCCAUUAAAUUACCAAAUGGGAAAAGAAUCAUUGAAUUAUUUGAUAAAUCAAUUUCAAUUAAUCAAUUUUAUUUAUUUGUUGAAUUGAAAAUAUAUAUUGAACAAUUAUUAGAAACUCAACAAGCAACAUUUGAAGAAAUUAUAAAUAUAAUUGAUGAAUUAAUUGAUGAUGUUGGAUUGGAUGAACUGUUGAAAAGUCAAGAAAUGACAUUAGAAGAAUAUUGUAAUAAAAAUUCAUUUAAAUUUGAAAUUAUACAGCCAUAUCCUAAAAAAGUUAUUAAAUCAAGCAAUAAAAGUAUUAAUGAUAUUCCUGAAUUUAAGGGAGCUAAUUUCUUAGUUGAAUUUACUGAUGAGGAUGAGGAGGAUGACGAAGAGAGUGAUGAGUAA